GAUGAACUUCGUUUCUUCCAAAGUCAACUAGAAAAAAAUCCCUCUAAAUUACUAUUUAUUUACUAUUGUACAUAAUUUUCUGAAUUUUUAAAUUACCAUCAUUAACUUCUGAUUGCAAUUUUUUAGGCUAAUUAUGUCCAUUAAUAAUGGCGCCCAGCUGGUACAAAUUCAUUGCAGCCAAUUCGAAUCCCCAUCACCUCUCUCUCUCUCUCUCUCUGCUGGGAUUAUGUAAAAAUGGUUUUUGGGUUUCUCUCUCCCUCACAAGCUCCACCCUCUCCACAAUCAAGCGCUAAUCACGGCUUAAACAACAGAAUCAGCCCUAGUAUUCUGCUAAUCAUCAUAAUCAUCGCAGUGAUCUUCUUCAUCUCCGGAAUUCUCCACCUUCUGGUGAGAUUCCUGAUACGGCCGGCGGCGGCGGCGGCGGCGGCCAGAAACUCCGACGAAAUCGAGGAUUUGAGCGCGCUUCAAGGGCAGCUGCAGCAGCUCUUCCACCUCCACGAUUCCGGCGUCGACCAAUCGUUCAUCGACGCGCUCCCCGUGUUUAAUUACAAAGCGAUCAUCGGCGCCGACAAGGACCCAUUUGACUGCGCCGUGUGUCUGUCCGAAUUCGAGGUUGAAGACGAGCUCAGGCUGCUGCCCAAAUGCAGCCACGCCUUCCACGUGGACUGCAUUGACACGUGGCUGCUGUCCCACUCCACGUGCCCCAUCUGCAGAGGGAAUAUUCUGCUGCAAGAUUCCAGCCGCGGCGCCGCCUCUCCCGCCGCCGCGGGGGCCCUCGAAUCUCAGGAUUCGAGAGAAAUCGUGGAGGAGAGAAGAGUCGAUUUGGGGGUUCCCGAGAUCGGAGACAGAGUCGUGGAGGUGAAGCUAGGGAAAUUCCGGAACGUCGGCGGCGGCGCCGCCGCAGACGGCGGCGCGGAGGCGAGGAGGUGCUUCUCGAUGGGGUCGUUUGCUUACGUGAUGAAGGAGGAUUCGUCGCUGAGAGUUGCUAUCGCGGAUCGUGUGAAGAAACGUGGGUUGGGUCAUGAGCGUAGGACAGCGAUGUCUGAAUGCGGAUGCGAUUCGAUGAGGGGGUUCGAGGCGUUUAAGGUUGUGGGAGCUCGAGGCGGCGCCGCCGACGGCGGUAAUGACAGCGACAGGAGCUCCGUUUGCAUGAGUAAGAGAGAGAGUUUUUCUUGGCUGAAAAGUGGGAGGAAAGAUGAAAUGGAUUUUGAUGAGGAAAUUGGGACGAGUUUGGAUGGUGAUCAUACGUAUGUUGGGAGGAAUCUUCAUUGGCAUUUUCACACUACAUUUUCAAGUAAUGAUUAGAUUUUGUUAUGCAUUUUAUUUGGAAAAAAUUGUGUUAUUUUAUUUUUUUUUUCUUGAAAAAUAUAGAAGAAAUUGUUAUGUAGUGGAGGAAUAGGUAAGGUAUUGACUAUUUGAGAUACAAGUGCUAUUUAUUAUUUUGCGCGAGGAAA